UAGUAGAAAAAGAGUUUUGUCACGUGACCAGUGGUCCAGCGUGUUGCCGAUGUGUCAAACAACAUAGAAGUGUAGUCACUUUAGUCCUAAGGAAAUGUUGUCGUUUGGAGAGCUGAUGACAAGACUGCAGGACUGUGUCAUCUCAGAGGACCAAACAUCUGAAGAGGUCAGCCAAACUCUCAAGUUGUUCAUCGGGAAACUGUCUGAAGCUUCCAGGAAUAGUAUUAAAAGAUGCAAGGAGCGCUGUUUAGAGGAGGCAGUCCAGCUCUUGAGACACAUUUCAGAGGAACAGCUUCACGCUUUAGAAGAGAGCCAACUCCAGCUUCUCGUCAGGCUGCUGCUCUCUCUGCAGCUCGAGAUGAUCAACAUCUCCACAGCCUGUCGUAAAGUGGACCAGAUGUUGCUACAGUUGGUAAAGGUGAACCACAACUUGGUUUUCAAAGAAACUGAACACUGCUUACACAACAUAUUCCAUACUGAGCAGAUGUUGUGCUUUGAAGAUCUACAGACAGCCUGUAUGUUCCUGGAGGACAGCACUGUUGGUCGUGAGGUGUGGAUAGAGUCUCGCAUGUCCUUCCUGAAUAAAGUGUCUGAGUUAUUUGUGGCUGUGUUGCAACAAGAAUCCCUGAGAGAUGGACAGCUGUGUUAUCUGGCUGUCAAGGUGUGCUUGCAAAUAUUUCAGCUGUUGUCCAGUGAAGUGGCUCCUUUAGUAUGGGAAAAGGAGCACGUUUGCCCAGCAGUGCAGAACAUCCUGCAGGCUCUUAUGGACAUCAUACUCGGACAGUGCAGCAACAGGGACACGCGUCUUUUGGCGGGCACUGCUGUGGCCAUGCUGAUCAACUCAGCGCCAGAGAGCAGAGCUUGUGCAGCUGCUGCCUGGAGUCUGUUACAAGUCUCAAACUCUGAGCCCUGGCUUCUGAGUGUCGGUGCUCUUCAGGUUCACUGCAAGCCUGCUGGGAAGGACCGAGUGGACAGGCUGGUUGUCUGCAGGGGUCUCCUGACCUGCUGUCGACCUCCUAUCCACCUCAGUUCACAUGAGGAUACGACAGAAACGUGUUUACUACUGAAAGGUUUGUUCCCCCUUGUCUACACUUUAUGUGAGGAAAAGCUGGAUUGCCACUACUUUGCCUUUGAAGUAUUGACACUAUGGCUGAAGAAGGUUAAAGAAUGUCUGGCUGAAAUCUGGAAAAUGAUGGGUGCUCCACUUCUGCAUGAUGACAGCAGCCUACUCCAAAAGCUCAUUCACGUCAUCUGGACCAAUGCAGAAAGUCCAGUGGAAGGUGUGUCAGAGUCUGUGCGCACUGCCUUUGGUCUUCUGUUGGACCUCUAUGAUAUGGAUUGUGAGCACUUCUGUGACACAAAGAAGACUCUUUAUUUGACUCUUCUUGAGAGAAUGAUCAAACUACCAUGGGAAGCCAAAGCCAAAUAUCAUCGCUUGUGUGCUCUACUGCCAUACCUGGGGACUGACAUGGUGCUGGAUCAAUACGCAGAAUUACCUAGUCAUAUCCUGAAGUGCCUGUCAGCCAAUCAUCUGUCACCGUGCGGCUCAGAGCUCUACUGGUGUCUGAUCCAACAGCAGAGGCGAGAGCUUUGUAAAGCCUCACACACGGAGCUGGAUCUGGCCAAUCAGUGGGCGAGGCGUUGGCAGUCUGUCAUCCAUGAGGCUCUGACAUCUGAUGUGGCUCUUCUCCAGAACAACAGCUCGACAUACUUAUUACCCUGCACCUUUCAGGUCUUCCCCUCUGCUGUGGAUCCCCUUCUGGGUUCAUUGGACCCAUUCACCCCUGGUCACCUCUACGCCUGGGCCUGCAUCCUGAGCUCCUACCGAGCUGUGACUGGAGGCUUUCCCUGGGUUCUGCAGGGGACCUCAACUUUUCAGACCCUUAAGUUAGCUCUCGGAUCUGCAGAUGACAAAGUCCGCCUCGCUGCUCUCAACCUCCUCUGUUGCAGCCCAAAGACAAAAGACACUCCAACUGCAGAGGAGAUGUCAAUAAUGAGGAGGUUUAUCCCUCAAAACCUCAACUGCGAGUCCUCACCUUUUCGUCAACAUUUUCAGGCUGGAUUAAAGAAGUUUCUGGUUCGUAUCAGAGACGGUUGUUUGGCAUAUAUCAAAGGACAGAAGAGCAAAAAGAAAGGAGAUACCAAAGACUCAGAGACGACAGAGGAUGCACUGGGGCAGGGAAUAGGGUUUGUGGAAUGGUUGGGUCAGCUCCCAUACAGCUAUCUAGCACCUGGACACAGCUAUCAGAGGAAAAAGACUGUGUUGUUGUUGCUGUCUGCGGUUCUGGAGACCUGCACAGACAGCUGGAGCCCAGACAAGAAGAAAGGACAACCUCCAGCCAAUAUGGGGUCUCUGAUUGGCUGUGCCCGACAAAGAGGACAGUGGGAUUUUUUAUGCAGGACAAAACAGCUGGUCCUCAUCGGCUGUUUAGAAGAUUCUACAAAUGAGAUUCGGGAACUCUCAGCUGGGUUAUUGUUGAGAUUCUUCCCACCCAGUUUUCCAGAUGACAUCGCUGCGGUGUUACUCAUGAGGACCAGACAGCUCCUGUGCAGCCCUCGAGUGCAGGAGGGUCAGAUGGGAGCACUGAUGAUGAAAGUUGCUAUUUACAAAUCAAAAGAGCCUCCUGAGGACUGCAGGCUGAACAGUGACAUUUCCAUCGGCAGUGGAAGUAUCCCCAAGACCUCCAGCAUGAUUGAAUUCCUGGUGACAGAGCUGGAAGAGCAUUAUCUGACAGCCAAAGCUGACAUGAUGCUUGCUGCCAGAACGAAGCCCAUACAUGGUGUUCUAAGCGCUCUUCAGAGGUGUUUGCUUGAGGCGCCAAGCCGUGUAUAUGACUUACUCGGCCACAGUCUAACCAUGAAGGUGCUGGUCCUGGUGGAGAACAUCUCUCUGCUCCUGCUGGGCAUUCUGUACGGAGACCUGGACGCUCCUGCCAAUGAAAAGGAUGCCCCGCCUUCUUUUUAUGACAUGGGGAAUGCCAUCAGCUCUCUGGUAGCCCAGGCAUCUGGAGGAGGCCAAGUGAACGGGGAGGAGGUUGUGUUGCUGUCUGAAGAGCACAGCCUUAUUCUCUCAUGCUGCUGGGUCUCACUCAAAGAAAUAGGAAUCUUUUUAGGCACUCUGGUGGAGAAAAUUUUAGCCGGAUCCAAACCUGACCAGUGCCCUCUAACAAAAGAGGAUCUGAUGAGAGCAUCCAAAGUAUUUAAGAAUAUUCUUCUCAAAUGCCGCCACUGGGGGGCAGUAGAGGGAUGCUGUGUGGGCUUCACCAGGUUCUGUGCCUCUCUGUUUAGCAGCAGUAAUGCUGAGCUGAGGGAAAUCCCAGCUCACAUGUUGAAACAAGGUUUGCAGGUUUUGCGUUCCCCUCGCUUGACAUCUGUGACCCGGCGGGCUGCAGGGCUGCCAAUGCUCAUCCUGUGUGUUUUGUCAGCAGAGGAAGCCACUAAAUCGAGACCUCUGUUAGCUCACAGUAUGCAAACCUUACUGGAGACGGCAAAAACCCCUGUGCCUGAGAACUGGGACCAAACAUUGGACCUGCCACAGGUGUGUGCAGUUCACACUCUGCAGGCUCUGGUGCGGGGUUCAGGUCUGGGUGCUGCUGUCCUUCAGUUUGCUCCAUCAGUUGCUAUCCUGUCUCUUACUCUGCUGAGCUCUGCCUGCUGGGCCAUGAGGAAUGCUGCUCUGCAGCUUUACAGUUCUCUGUGCUCCCGUAUGCUCGGUCAGCGGCCCAGCGGUGAGGAGGGGGUGUCUGCCCAGCAUGGCUUGUCCCCCCUCGCCUUCUUCAUCCACUACCCUGAGCUCCAGACAUUCCUCCUGGGCGAGCUGAGGGGGGCGGCCCGAGACCUCCAGGGUCCUUCUAAUGAGGCCAGGCUACACCUCCAACCAUCACUCUACCCUGUCCUCACUCUGUUAGCUCAACUCCAGCCUGGUGUCCAAGACUCAACAGAAACUCUUUCAGACUUCCUGCCUCCUUUACUCCAGCUGUCCGCCAGCCCCAUUUACAGUGUGAGAGUGAUAGCUUCGAAGGCAUUGGUUGCCAUGACUCCCCCCUCAGAGUACAUGACCAUUCUCAACAAACUGGCCGCUCAGUUGUACGGUCCACGAGAGCACAUCUGCCACAACCGUCUCCACGGACAGCUGCUGCAGAUCAAAGCUGUUUUAGACCGAGCUCUCAACACACACAGUGCCACCUCAGCUGACUUGUGUGAAGUGCUGAGCAAUGUGGAUGCCUCUGUGUGGUUGGUGACUGAAGCUCAGCGCUGCCCCCCAGUGAGAGCAGCCUACCUUGAGGUGGUGGACUCACUAAGAGAAUUCUUCUGUGAGACCUUCCUGUCAAAACUCAGUGAAACUCUCAUUUAUGACCUCCAGAAACCUCAACAGCAGCUACAGGUCGGGCUGUCAUCCUUCCAUCAUCAAGUCGUCCACUUCUUGUGUGCCGAUCCAAAGUGGGCAUGUGAGAUCUGGGAUAGCUUCCCUGCACUGAGCCCCGAUCUGAGGCUCUCAUUGGUCACAUUAGUGGUGGAUGGGUGGUAUUCGCAGCAAACCAGCUUAAAAGAGGUGAUGCAGAGGGUGCUGCAGACAAACCUGAGGAGGGCAUUGUUGAGUCAAAAUGUGGAAUACCGCAAAACCUACCUCACAGCCCUGGUGGCAGUAACAGUUGGAAGUGAUUCUACUUCACCCCAACAUCUUCCUCAGUCAGCCCUGCUGGAGGAACCAGUCACGCCUGAGUGUCUGGAUUUGUUGCUCAAUGAUCUGGAGGAACAGCGUGGGGGGCCAGAGUUUUUGUCCCAGGCUCUGUGUGCUGCAAGUCUGCUGCUUUCCCAGCUAUCAGACUCAAGUCUAAAGAUAUCCAUGCUCCAGCGCUGGUGUAAUGUCCUGGAAAUCCAGCGGUCCCCAGACGCCCCUGAAGUGCUCAGGUUAGCGUGUGCUGAAGCUCUGUGUGUGGCUGUUGAUUCACUACUGAGGGAAAACAGCACCCCGCCUGUCAUCAUGAUCAGGUUGAUCAGCACAGGUCUGUACUUGCUGCAGGACCAAAACCAGCAGGUGAGGAUGAAAGCAGCUUGUUUUGCCUCCAACAUGCACCAUGUGAAAAGAGGUGAACCCAGGAGGAGUGUCUACGUGAUGCAGGUGAACCAGGCUUUGCCGCUCCUACUGGACCUUCUACUUGAAGAUUUCUGGGAUACCACCAUCACACUAGAUGUGCUGCUGUGUCACCUGCCUCAGUCUGACCUCAGAUCUGUGCUGAACGAGGCCUCAGAGACAGCGUGUUCCAGCCUGUACGAGCAGGAUGAGGCCAAUGUGUUCUCGGAGCCCUCUGUCAUGUCUGCACAUGUGUUGCCUUACCUGCUGCAGAUGGCUGAAAAAUACUCAGAAUCGUCUGCUUUGGCGCAGAGCCUAACUGCAUGGGCAGAAGAUAAUGCUGCACAGGUGCUAGACAGCCUGUGUUUCUGUAAAGAGAUCCAGCCAGCAGAGACUCUGACUUCUGAAUGGUUGGCUCUCCUAAGAGAGCCUAACUUCCACAACACCCUGUCCGGCCUGCUCUCCAGGGCUAUCAUUCUCCUCCAGCUUUCAAAAACAUCAGAUGAUGUGCAACACUUAUGUGAUUCUUCAUCGUUACACAGGAGUCUGCAGGAAGUUUGCAGCCUUCUCAGUCAGAAUGGUAUCCACUUUCCUGCCACUUUAACAGCUACUGUUGCUGGAGAGCUGCUACUGUGACAGCCUUUUACUGCACAGCACAUUGACUGAGCACAGUCGGAUGAAAUUACCUCUGGAUAUUUCAAGAAUGCUUGUGACAUCUUCAAGUGCAGCUUUAUUCUUGAAUGAAUAUCUCAACUGCUGAUGCUGCAGUACACUGGCACUUGGUAGGCUGGCUUGGUUAUGUAAGAGCUGAGAGGCUGCAGUCAGAUGUGUCUGUCAUCAUAUUACCUAAACAGAGAAGAGACCUACUGGUGGAGUGCCAAUGCAUUCACACCAGAGUUCAUACAAAUUCACAACCAUAAAACUUGCAGAAGCAUUAUUCAUUUUUAGAAUAAUGCUUUUUAAUGCAGAGGUACAGACGCCCAAAAGGCACAGGUCUGUUUUUAUGAUCAUCUUCGCUAAAAGCAUUAUCACCCACUCUCACUUCCACAUCGGUUGUUUGUCACGUCUUAGCUGCAGCAGUAACACAUUUCACACUGAUGCAGUGAUGUAAUCCAACAGCAUCAGGAGAUCUGGCUGCUUGGUGCUCAACAGGGGAAUAUAGUGUAUUUUAAUGCUCCAUUAGAGGCAAUCUAACUGGGUGAGGAUCCAUUUUCAGACCACAUGUGGGCUGAAGAUGAUGACUGAUGGGGAGCUGACCGUUGCUCUGCAACGGAGUGCACACUACAACAGUCUUACAUCAUCUGAUAGCUCUCUGCUUUUGUUUGAGAUGGGCGUCUCUCAGUAUUCGACAAACACUUCAUGAAAGAGUUUUAUACAUACUAUGGUUCACCAUUUUAAGCUCUUAAUUAAAUGUACAUGAAAGGUUUUGUUGUUGUAUCCUCAAAGCUUUUCCACAAUCCUAAGAACAUGUUCUCUCAAAGAUGACCAGUUGAUCAACAUAUUACUUUGCUACUGGAAGAGUCACAGUUUAUAACUUUUACACUCAUCCACAAACCUCAUAUGUUAGUAUUAGGCUCCUUUAUUUCUGUGAUGGUUACCACUGUUUGCAUCAAGCGUUGUGCUCAUGCUCUAAUCUAGAUUAUUCAACAGCUAUGAAAUCAAUCUUAUGUUAAUGAUUCAGACAUAAAGCUUAUGAAGUUUGUUUCUUUAUAAUGUACAACUGAAUUAACUCCUUGUGUGCCUCUAUUAAAUUUACACACUUCAAAAAUGUCACAAUUCGUCCCUCUGGUGUUGCAGCUCUUCCUGCAUCAGAAAAUGUUGAGAAAAACAGGAAUCAUAGAUAACGAGUUAUAGACAAACCUUGAACCCUCUUUAUAAAAAUUCUGGCAAAAACAAGAAACCUUACUUGAGAGCCUCAUUGCACCAACACCUUACAAUGUAAAUAGUGGCUUGAACUUCACUCCACUUUGAAUCAAAAGAAAGAGAAACGUGACUUAAGGUCAGUACAGAACUUAUCAGCAUGCUGGGAAAAAAUGCAUGAUUUUAAAGGGAAGACAAAAGUCAUUGUUGUAUCUAUUCAGAUUAUGCAAGAACACUGAGUUCAAGUUGCGUCUUCUGCCUCAACCUUGGGAACAAUGUCUGUCAAGUCAGUACAAAAACAAGGCUGGGUAUUUCCUGAAGGUUGAGUUUGUGUAAAACUUGUGAAAAUGACCAUCUGCUAUUGUUACUGAGAUUGCUGAGGCUCUGUGCUCUCUUAAAGCCUGCAUCCUGCUUAUUAAAGGAUUAACUAUGGCAACAGGGAACAAGGCCAAGUAGGUACAAACCACUUUUACUUUCACUGUGUGUAUGCAUGCAUACAGACUGUGUGCACUAGUAGGAGCUGAAAGAGUGUUUUCCACUGAUUCAUCAUGCCCCCAUUAAAGGCUACCUCUGUAGGUUCAAAAUGUCCAACUUACAUGUUUUUACAAAUGUCUAGAUGCAUGAAAUGCUUUUUGAUUUUUUUUUUCCAAUUUAACUAUAUUUUUUAUCAUUAAACAAAAUGGUUAAUUCUAAAUACAAUAAAGAAAAUAUAAUAAGUUAA